AUGUUUAUGGCCGGAAAAAAAAUCCCAGUUAUGCCUCCUUGUAUUUUUAAAUACUGACUGUGCUCUAGGGAAGGCCGCGCGCCUUUGGCAGAGCUCUGUCUUUAAGGGGACUUUUUCCAGAGUUGAAGACGGAGAUGAGAGCCGUUGAGGGACGCUACCAGCAAGAGCGCAACCGCCGGGCUCAAGGUGAAGACUAACAGCUCAAGGCGUUGGGCCGCAAGAAAAAACUGAACGCCCCAACUGCAGAUGUUGCUUGCGUCCGUCACCCCGGCACCUCGGAGGCCCGUCCAGCCUAAAGAGGACGGCGGCUGAGGGCCACUGAGGUCAAGGCGCUGUCCUGGGAGCGCAACACUGGCUUUGAAAAGGGCCAAGUCGUUCUGAACGCGAGCCGAGCCUCAAGGACUUGUCUCCGAGGGAGUGAGGUCCUCGGGUUGGUGGAAGGGGCGCACGUCGCCCGAGUGGCACCCACAGGCCUGACAUCCGAAUAAGCUAGACCUUCGGGCUAGCCCUAAAGGGUUAAAGGAGGCGCUCCAGGAAGUUGUUAGUUAGAAAGUUGUUAGUUAAAAACAAAAUAUAAAAAUAAAAUUGGCUCGGGUGCGUGCCUGCUGUCCCACCUCCACCGCCGGCCUUCCCGGAAUCCAGUCCGGGUUUUGCGCGGAGCCCACAGCCCGGCGCAGGCCUCUGGCGAGAGCCAAUCAGAGGGCGCCUCUCAGCACGUGGAGAAGAGAGACUCCAGAGCUCCGCGCCCGCAGCUCACUACACUUGUUACAGCUUGUCCUGAGCGCGGAGAGGGCGAGCUCCGGCCACCGGCAGGGCGGGAGCCAGCAGCCAGCGACCGAGCGAGGCAGAGAGGCACAGAGAUCGCAACAGUAUCCAUUAUAACCAGCCAUCUAACCCCACCCCCCCAACACACACCCAUCCAUCCCACCAGCCCCGAGAGGCAGCCAGCGGCCCGCUUCUCUGCGCCCAGGGAAAAAAAACCCCAGCCAUGAGCAAUCAGUACCAGGAGGAGGGCUGCUCCGAGAGGCCCGAGUGCAAAAGUAAAUCUCCAACUUUGCUCUCCUCUUACUGCAUCGACAGCAUCCUGGGCCGGAGGAGCCCGUGCAAAAUGCGGCUGCUGGGAGCCGCGCAGAGCUUGCCUGCCCCGCUGGCCAGCCGCACCGACCAGGAAAAGGCCGUUCAAGGCUCCCCCAAGGGCAGCAGCGCCCCGUUCGAGGCCGAGCUGCACCUGCCGCCCAAGCUGCGGCGCCUGUACGGCCCGGGCGGGGGCCGCCUCCUCCAGGGCGCCGCGGCGGCUGCGGCGGCAGCGGCGGCGGCGGCGGCGGCGGCGGCCACGGCCACGGCCGGUCCGCGGGGGGAGGCCCUUCCGCCGCCGCCGCCGACCGCGCGGCCCGGGGAGCGGCCGGACGGCGCGGGGGCCGCCGUGGCCGCCGCGGCCGCGGCCGCCGCAGCCUGGGACACGCUCAAGAUCAGCCAGGCGCCGCAGGUGAGCAUCAGCCGCAGCAAGUCGUACCGCGAAAACGGGGCGCCCUUCGUGCCGCCACCGCCCGCGCUGGACGAGCUGGGCGGCCCGGGGGGCGCCGCGCACCCGGACGAGCGCCUCGGCGCGGCCGGUGGCCCCGGCGGCGCCCCGGCGGCGAGUAGCGGCACGGGCGCCGAGGACGAGGAGGAGGAGCUGCUGGAGGAUGAAGAGGACGAGGACGAGGAAGAGGAGCUGCUGGAAGACGACGAGGAGGAGCUGCUGGAGGACGACGCCCGCGCGCUGAUCAAGGAACCGCGGCGCUGCGCCGUGGCCGCCACCGGAGCGGUGGCCACCGCCGCUGCCGCCGCGGUGGCCGCUGAGGGCGGGGAGCUGUCGCCCAAGGAGGAGCUGCUGCUGCACCCAGAGGACGCUGAGGGCAAGGACGGCGAGGAUAGCGUGUGCCUGUCUGCGGGCAGCGACUCAGAGGAGGGGCUGCUGAAGCGCAAACAGCGGCGCUACCGCACCACGUUCACCAGUUACCAGCUGGAGGAACUGGAGCGGGCCUUCCAGAAGACGCACUACCCAGACGUCUUCACCAGGGAGGAACUGGCCAUGAGGCUGGACUUGACUGAGGCCCGGGUCCAGGUCUGGUUCCAGAACCGUCGGGCGAAGUGGCGCAAGCGGGAGAAGGCGGGCGCACAGACCCAUCCUCCGGGUCUGCCCUUCCCCGGGCCGCUCUCCGCUACCCACCCGCUCAGCCCCUACCUGGACGCCAGCCCCUUCCCCCCGCACCACCCUGCGCUCGACUCGGCCUGGACUGCCGCCGCCGCCGCCGCUGCCGCUGCCUUCCCGAGCCUACCUCCGCCUCCGGGCUCGGCCAGCCUGCCGCCCAGCGGGGCGCCGCUGGGCCUGAGCACUUUCCUAGGAGCCGCCGUGUUCCGGCACCCGGCCUUUAUCAGCCCUGCGUUCGGCAGGCUCUUUUCCACCAUGGCCCCCCUGACCAGCGCGUCGACUGCGGCCGCGCUGCUGAGACAGCCCACGCCGGCCGUGGAGGGCGCGGUGGCGUCGGGCGCUCUGGCUGACCCGGCCACGGCGGCCGCAGACAGACGCGCCUCUAGCAUAGCCGCGCUGAGGCUCAAGGCCAAGGAGCACGCCGCGCAGCUCACGCAGCUCAACAUCCUGCCGGGCACCAGCACGGGCAAGGAGGUGUGCUAAAGGCUGCCCUCCACCCUCGCGCCCCAGGCGCGAUCCGGAAAGGUCACCUCACUCAGCACCACUUAAGACCAAAUGGAAACAGAGGACCAGCACACUCCCGAGACGGCACUGAGAGAGCGCAGCCGCCUUCGCAGCAGCCUGGACGCGGGCAAGGCAGCCCUCGGCGCUACCGGACGUGGCACCUCCUCGGCUGGCUGUCCACCCGCCCCUGCCCCUGCCCCUGCCCCUGCCUCUGCCCCUGCGCCUGCUUCUGCCAACCUCGCUCCAACUCGAACGUCCACUCUCUCCCGUUCUUUUACUGAAAAUAUCCGGGAGGUUUUUCUCCCUAAGACACCUGGUAUUGAAGUUAAAAAAUUUAAAAGCCCAACCUCUCUUCCUCCUGACAUCCUACUUAGCUUUUUUUUAAAAUUUUCCUAAUAGCAUUUUGGCGCUCUAAGUUUAUCUCCCCAGCGUGGGCCCCGGCUCCGGGCCGGGGAAGCGAAUGCGAAUCUGUAAGAUAGCUAACAGUGCACUUAACGGAAAGGGGCGUCUUGUUCUUGUUCUCUUCUUUAUCAUACACCAACCAAGGUUUUUAUAUCAAACCAAAGGGAAAUACUCUGCUAGAAUAUGGACUGUUGAAGUCACCAAACUGUGAUUAUUGAUUCUGUACAUACCAUUGUUAUUAAAAAAAAAAGAACAGAGCUUUGUAUAUUUGAAAUGUUAUAACGCAAUUGCACUCAGCGUGGUAUGGUAAAAGUUUGUCCUCUUGUAGAUUCUUACUGUGUUGUAGAUACGGUAGGGUUCCUAGACAAAUAUUUAUGUACUCAAGCCCUUUAUUUAACUUAUUAACUGUAGAGGCUUCCGAAACCUUCAAGGUAAAGGCAAUCGUACAGUACUUUUGUGUAAUGUGUAACUGUUAUCACUUUUCCUUGCUAUCUAGUGGAGAAGUGUCAC